CUUACAAAUACAGGCGAAAGUGAUCUACAAUCCAUUCAACUUUCUAUCUCUUAUCCUUUAAAAAAAUUCCAAGGAAAAGAACAUGAGUAUAUCGUAUAUCCGAUCAAAAUUGAGGUAAGUUCCUCGUUUGAAGCCUUGUGACAAAGUUCUUGUUUCCCCCUUUGGCCUGCUUGACUUGUAACUUUGUAAGGGACUAAUCGACCAGGCGUCUAACUCUUGUUUAGUUCUGUAAGUAAGAGCAAUCACUGUAUCUGUAGCGUGUAGCAGUGAGCUCCAUAUUAUAUUAAAUCCGUAGUGAGAACUCGAGUCCAAAAAGUGAAGCCAAGGUGGAAGGUCCACAUCAGCUUUUUAGUUGACAUCUGUAGUUCAACCUGCUUUAUCAAAUUAUGAAUGCAUGAACGAAUGAAUGAAUGAACGGAUGAAUGAAUGAGCUAUUGGACGUCGGUUUCAGGCCCUGCCUAUCGUUUUUAGUGCAAAGUUGCUUUGCACUAUUGUUAUGAGAAAAAUUCAAUCCAGUGACCGAUCGAUGGAUGGAUCGAUCGAUCGAUCGUGUAAACAAUCCAGGGGGGAGCUUGCAAAUUAUUUUAUAUUACGUUUUCUAGAGCUUCGCGACGUUCUGCCAACUAAUCGUUUAUAGCUGUUUAUAGAUUAUAAAAUCUAUAUUUGUAUUCAUGAUGGUACAUGUUCUUACUUAUUUUAUCCAACAUUUAGAGAAGUUAUAACCAAAUUAUUGUUGCAUUUCAAACACUUGCUAUUAUAAGAUUUUGCCUGCAACAUAAAACAAAUUAAAUAAACAUGUACUCUCAUGUAAUAUCAUUUCACAAUGGCCGGCAUGGACGAGCGGUGACUGUUGAGCGGCGGUGUGAAAUUGUGUGGACUAGAAUAUAUUACAACUGAUGUUGACAGUAUUAUAGCAGAGGUUUAUCUAUCAAAGAUACGGCGAUGUAUACAUGGAUAGGCUAAGUGCCAGUGGAUAUAGUUACCUCCGCCAGGAGGUUAUGUAAUCAUCUAAGUUUGUAUGUUUACCUCCGCCAGGAGGUUAUGUAAUCAUCUGGGUUUGUGUGUGUGUGUAUGUGUGUUUGUUUGUUUAUUUGUGAGCACGAUAACUCAAGAAAUACCAAACAUAUUCAUACGAAAUUUUUUGAAUGCAUUUCCCAUCGGCUAAGGAAGAAUUGAUUUGGUUGAAUUUGGUUAAAAAUUGAACGGGAAAUGAACAAAAUUUUGUCUUGCUUUUCCCGGUCAAUUAAAAAAACUUACUGAAUGCGUAAUUAGGAUGUGUGAUAAUUUAUGCACCAGUAUACAGGGUAUAUAAAGGUAUACAAACAAUGGUAUAAUCUUUUUAGAUUGUAUACAAUUGUAAAUCUCACUUAUAUAAGGGAGGCUGCUCAAAAAUCAUUGUGCUUUACAAAUAUAUUCUAAUUUCGUAUUAUUAUAUAAACAUAAGUGUUAUAUAGAGUUUUUGGCCAUUGAGAAAAAUCGUAUUUAAACACACGUAAAAAAUACGAUAUUUUUACGUGUGAAAAUAUCAUUUGUUGUAAAACGCAUUGCCACGGACGUUUUAUUGUUUUUCACUGAAUUUUGUUUAUAUAAUAAACAGAAAAAUACAUGGAUGCUUGGAAAUAUCAGAUUUAUUUCUCGUGUUGAGCAUGUUCAACACUCGAAAUAAAUCUGGUAUUUCCGCGCACCCAUGUAGUAUCUAUAUAAUAAUAUAGGUCAAUAGUUAUAUAUACACGCUGGCAAUAUUUUAGGUACGUUUUAUACGCCGAAUUUCGGUGGCGUCGAAUGCGAUUAAGACAAUAGUCAAUGGAUAAUAAUGAGAUGAUAAACCUCAUUAAGCUUCAGCCUACAUUAUCUAUUGUCUUCACGCGACCGAAAUUCAAUGUAGGCUUACGGAGUUACACAUCGUUGCGUUCAGCAAAGUGCUAGGCCAUUCGUUCACACUUUUCAUAUAAUACGCAUGCGCAGAGACACAUCUGCGUGUUCAUUCUUUCUAGGCAUGCGCAUAAAUCGAAUUUUCUCCCACAAUUGAAAUGUUCAAGAUUGCGGAAUAAAAACUAGCAAAGUAAUUGUUCAAAAGUGUGCGGGACGGUGUCGUCAGAUACUGUCCAUAGUUGUGCUGAUGAUUUUUGAUGAGGCACAGCUCUCCAAUGAGAGGUCUAUGGUAAUGAGGUACGCUUUUGUCUUCUAAAUUUCCAUCAUCAAGUGUGCAGGGGAAAAUUCAGUGCUUCCAUGACCAAAAUCGAGAUUUCUUUUUUCGAUGAUGAAAAUUUUCUGGAUUUUUUUUCCGGAUUUCCUGAUAUUUCCUUAAAUUUCUAGCAUAAAAGUAAACUUAAAACGUUGGCGCAAUACGCUUCGUUUUCGCGUUUUAUUCUCCAUUAAGUCUUUUAGUAAUUUUGCGACAGGAAAUGUCAAUGGACUCAAUGGCUAAUGAAAAUAUCAAAGACUGUUUCAACUUUUUAUCAAACCAAUACUUGCUAUGUGACUAUAAAAAAGUAUAGUAUAAAAAAAUAGCAAAUAACAAGUAACACUUUAUGAAAUAGGUUCCAAUGUCUUAUCAUGGCUUGUUAAGUGUUUUAAUAAAUUAUUUUCUCAGUUCAGCUACCUCAACAUCUGUCUUCAUUGCUUUAUGGAGUUUUAGCAUCGAACUCUAAGUCGGAAUUGCUAUUAUUCAUUAUUAACAAUUUUUCCGGUUUUUUAAAAUUACAUUUUAGAUUUUACAGUAACAUUUUAAAUGAUUUACAAUUACGAAAGAAGGAUCCUGCACUUUGGGGAACUGGUCAGCGGCAGCAAAGACAAGUGCAAGUACGUCGUGUAACACUGCAGAAACAAACUGAUUUGUUAGUUAUUACACGAAAAUGAAGAAAAUUAAUUCUCGUUUCAAGAUUUCGCAUUAAAUUCGUAUCAAUUUCCUGAGAUUUCCUUAGAUUUUUUCUUAUCCUGAGAAUUUCCUUUUUAGCUCAGGAUUUCCUGAGAAUCAGGAAAUUUCCUAAGAAAUGGAAACACUGCGAAAAUUUCAACUAAAUUUUCCGCGGAAAUUUAGAAGGGAAAUUUAGAAGACAAAAAGCGUAUGCAACGGAAAUGAGGGAAAUACGUGAUUAAACGCCCCUUUGGGUUGUAGAGAUCAUUGAUUUGUAGUUAAUUUGUGGUGUGUUGUGUUCAAUAAGUUGGUUUCAAAAAGUUAUUGUUAAAUAUUAGCAUUGAACUUCAUUAGUAGGGAAAAAGAAAUUUGUACUGAAUUGUCCCCGAGCCGACGGCGCGAAGCGCCGUGCGAGGGUACUAAUUCCCCCCGGCUACUUACACCCGGGGAAACGAAAGCAUUAGCGAAGUCUAAAGUUCACCAAUGAUCGCGGGCGUGGCUCACUAUGCGUGGGUGGUCAUCCUCACUGAUCUCAAAAAUAUGGCGGACUGUCAUGAAUAGCGAACACUGUGAUUGGUCCAAUUUAAAGUUUGCAUUAUAACGACUGGAUGACGACAGCGAAAUAGCAAACAUUUCUUGAUUUGAUGAUUGAUACAUUUCAUGCAAAUAUUUUCAUUUUUGCUCGCACUCUUGCGAUUUUGUAAAUUUCAAGAAAGAAAGGGCGAAAUAAUCGGCUAAAAGAAGGGAGCCGACGUUAACGAAGGUAAAUUUGUUUUAAAUAUUGAUUUUAUAAUUGCUUUAAAACCAGACGGCCUUUGCGUAUAUAAAACAACUAAACAAGACAGCAUAUAAUUUCAGUGUAUCUUUAAUAUUGAUUCCCUUUUUUAUUAUAUUGAAUUUUUUAAAUAAAAAAGAAAGCAAAGUUAUUUGCAUGCAAAAAUUUGAAAUCAGUUUAUUGCAAACUCAAAGUUUAUCGAUAAAGCCAUUUAAUUAAUAAAGGCAGUUUAGUUUUGUAAAGAACACUUUAAAACGUUUUGCGAAGCGUUUGUGGUUGAAUUUUACCUUAAAUUGAAGCUUAUAUUACGUAAAAUAUCAUACCUAACGUAUAUAUGUUGGAAAAUUGAUAAUUUUGUAAUUAAAAGUGAUAUUUUUAGGCGAUUUUUCAUUUGUAAGAAUAUUCUUAAAAAAUUAUCGUGUUACUAUGACAACUACUUUAGAUACUUCAUGUUCGGAAAAUACAAUGGUUUUGUCAGCAAGGCGAGGGUUUCUGCAUGCAUGUAUUUUCUAGUACGUAUAUUAUACUGGUUUUUUUCUUUAUAAUUAUAGGAGAGAGAAGGGAGUGGAUUGUGUCAUAAGACAGGUGUAUUGAAUCCUGCCAACUUGAACUUACCUACG